AUGGAGGGAGUAUCGAUAAACCUAGCUAAGAUUGAGGCUAUUCGAGAUUGGCCUCAACCUAAGAAUGCAACAGAAGUUAGAAGUCUCUUAGGAUUGGCGGGGUAUUACAGAAAAUUUGUUGAAAGGUUUUCUAAGAUUGCUCCACCCCUAACCAAUUUGACAAGAAAGAAUCAGAAAUACACUUGGACUGAAAAGUGUGAGGAGAGCUUCCAGACCAUGAAGAAUAAGUUUGUAUCAGCUCUAGUGUUGUGUGUAUCAACUGAAGAAGGGAAGUUUGUAGUAUACAGUGAUCCUUCCAAGAAUGGCUUGAGAUGUGUAUUGAUGGAAGACGGUAAAGCAGUAGCUUAUGCCUCAAGAUAA